AGUUUCGGUAAGUGUCUCUUGUUCAGGCAAGUUCAGCUACUGUCAGUGCUCUACAUUAUUUUUUUUUUUAAAUACAGCUAACACUAGUUGGGUACCCUGAUCAGUGACCACCCUACCAUUCCCCCUGUACAAAGGUAUCCUACUCUUGACCUAAAGUUGACCGGACGCCAUGGCAUCCUACCAGGCUACGCAGCGGUCACAGCUAGAGAUAAAGCGGGAGGGGGAGGCGUUAGGUUACGCGGGGACAAAGCUGUUAAAAUGGGUCAGGGAUGAGGUGGACGCGGAACGGGCUAGGAUAGACAGGGAACGAGAAUUUAAGCAAGCAGAGUGGGCUAGGGACAAGGAAAAAGAGGAGCGUCAAAUUCAGCUGUUAGAGUUGGAAAUUAAACGAAUAGAGUUAGCGAAUCGUAGCAACGAGUAUGUGGGGAAGGGGGAGGAGCAAAUAGGUGUCGGAUCAUCGAAGGUAACACUACCAAAGUUUGAUGGGGUGGCCGAUCACCUAGACUUUUUUCUCCUUCGUUUUGAAGAAGAGGCUAGGCAAAACAGAUGGAGGCAAGACUGCUGGAGUAAUGAGCUCCGCAAAUUAAUGCCGGCAGAACUAUUGCCAGUGUGCUUUAUGGGACACAGAGCGGAAGCAAAAGCUUCCUACGAGGAGCGAUGGACUGUUGAUGAGACGAUACACCGACGGACAGGGCGUCGCGUGGGAUCAAUUGGCUGUACCUAAACCGCUGCGGCAGGUGGUACUUGACCUGACCCACAGCAACAAGCGGUCAGCUCAUGUGGGCGUGGCCAAAAUGAAAGCUCGAAUCUUAGAGCAUUUUUGGUGGCCUGGCUUAUCAAAGUCAGUAUCCUACCAUUACAAGACAUGCAAUGUUGGUCAAACACACAAGAAAACUAAGGUGGGCGCAAUCACUGACCACAAAAAUAAAUCGCAAAAUAAUCAUAAACACUGGGACUCAUUUA